GCAAUCCAAAUUAGUCGAUUCGUGGUUGAUGGUUAUGACUUAUGUUUUGUUUAAUAUUGUUAAGAGCCAAGAGGAUCCAAAAACCUAGAUUGUAUGAGUCUGGACUCUGGGUACUGACUAGUGACCAAUACCAAGUACUAAAUACAAACGCUAAUUACUACAUCGUACACUUUACAGUAGUUUUUUUAUACAUUUUAAUCAUAACAUUAUUUGUUAAAAAUAUGGAAAAACUUAUAAAAUUAAAAACUUUAAAUUGUCAUAUCACUUGUAAAAUAUGCAGAGGAUAUUUAGUAGAUGCUACGACGGUCACUGAAUGUUUACAUACUUUUUGCAAAAGUUGUCUUGUAAAACACUUGGAAGAAAAUAACAGUUGUCCUACUUGUCAAAUUGUUAUACAUCAAUCGCAUCCUUUACAAUACAUUAGUUUUGAUCGGACAAUGCAAGAUAUUGUUUUUAAAUUAGUACCUGGACUUCAAUUAGAUGAAAUUAAAAGAGAGCGAGAAUUUUAUCGAAUUAGAGGUUUACCUUAUCCAAAAGAGGUUCCAGCUGGUACUGAAAUUGAUGAUGAAAAAGUGGCACAAGAUCAAGCAGCAGUAGAUUCAGAUUUUCACAGAACUGAUGAACAAGUUAAUAUUGGACUAGAGUGUGUUGCAUCUCAUUUAAAAUCAUUGAAAAAGAAGUUCUUAAGAGUUUCAUCACAAGCAACAAUUACACAUCUAAAGAAAUUUAUUGCAGUUAAAGUACUAGAUGGAACAGAUAAAUAUCGAGAUAUUGAUAUACUGUGCAAUAAUGAAUUAUUGGGAAAAGACCAUACACUUAAAUUUGUGUAUGUAACGAGAUGGAGAUUUCGAGAACCACCAUUAAAACUUCAGUACAGGCCAAAAAUAGAUUUAUAAAAAAGUUUUUUUGAUAAAGGUUCUUUUAUUUGUGUUUGUAUGUGUUAAUAAUUUAUUAAUAUAUUUUUUGUAUAUACGUAUUUUAUUGAUCAAUGAUAAAUAUAUAAAAAUUAUUAAUACAAUUUUAAGUAUUUAAAUUGUAUAUAUACAAAUGCUAAUAAAAAUUAAAAUUACAAAUUA